AAAAUAUUAGAAAUGUCAACAUGCAAAGCAUAGACAAAUCAUGGCAGAUAUAACAAUGGGUAAAAAAAAUCCUUGAGAUCCCGAAAAUUUUCCUCUUUCCAACACAUGAAAAAAAAAAACUGCCACUUCAUUUUUUCCAAAUCCCAAAAGCCCCUUCCAUUCCUUCAACUUUUCCUCUUCACGUACUGGCAGCAGAGCAAUGAAAUGAUAAAAAUCUUGACUUUUUGAUUCAUAUUUCUUGUAAACUGUCAAAUUUCUCAUUUCAAAAAACACCCUUCAAGACCCUGAUAAAAACAGAGAACUUUUUUGAUGGGUUACCUUUCUUGCAAAGCAGGAUCAACGGUCUCCAUAAUCUCCACCUCCACAACCACACUGAAUUCAUCUUCCAAAACUUCCACCAUCAAGCAGGAAAAACCCAUCAAGAUCCAACGGUUUGAUUAUAGUGACCUUGAAGCAGCCACCAAUGGAUUCUCUGACCAAAGGCUUCUAGGCAAAGGUAGCCAUGGCGCUGUCUACAAGGCUGUUCUCAGGGGACGCCACGUUGCCAUCAAGAAACCAUCUUCAAGAAACGAAGAAACCAACAAGGAAGCUGAUAACGAGAUCGAAAUCUUGUCAAAAAUUCAAAGUCCCAGAUUGGUGAAUCUUCUUGGCUUUACUAAUGAUACUCAAGAUCGUUUAUUGGUUGUUGAAUUUAUGAGUAAUGGCACAUUAUAUGAUGUUCUUCAUUCUAAUUCUUCAAGGCCUUUGAAUUGGGGUCGAAGAAUUCGAUUAGCCUUGCAAGUUGCGAAAGCCUUAGAGACACUUCACUCACAAAAACCUCCAAUUCUUCAUAGAGAUGUUAAAUCUGCAAAUGUGUUAAUUGAUAGGAAUUUCAAUGCAAGAUUGGGUGAUUUUGGGUUGGCACUUAGGUGUGGUAUUGAUGAUUAUAAGCUUAGAUCAACCCCACCAGCUGGUACUAUUGGGUAUCUUGAUCCAUGUUAUGUGACACCAGAUAAUUUGAGUACAAAAACUGAUGUUUUUAGUUUUGGGAUCUUGUUAUUAGAGAUUAUAAGUGGUAGAAAAGCUAUUGAUGUUGCACAUUCACCACCUUCUAUUGUGGAUUGGGCAAUUCCUUUUGUAAAGAAAGGGAAGAUUAUUGCUGUUUAUGAUCCAAGGAUUGCACCUCCUAAGGAUCCUAUUGCUAGGAAGCAGUUGGCUGUCAUAGCAGCUAAAUGCGUGAGGUCCUGUAGGGAGCGCCGCCCUGCAAUGAAAGAGGUGGUUGAUUGGUUAACUGGGUUGAGCAAAUUGGUUCCUCUACAUUCAUGGAAUGGUUUUAACAAUCCAUGUUUGGUGGUGGAAACAAUGGGGCGGCCUGUUGAAUUUAGAAAUGCCAAGGAGAAUUUGGACGCCAUGGAUGGUAAAUUUGUUAGGCAAAACAUGAGGGACUCAUGCAGAGUCUAUUCAGAUUUGGACUUCAGGAGUGAUUUGAUGGAACUUAUGGGCAUGACUGGUAUCGAGUGGGAGUCAGAAGUGUGGGGGGAGGCUGAUGUAGUUGAAAGGCCUGGAUCAAGAUCAGGGAGCAGAGCUUCUAGUCAUAGAUUUGGUAGCAAAAGAUAUGUUUUCCAAGGGAGAGGUCAGCAGAAAUGUUGGAAACCAGAGUGGUGUUUUUGGUUUGAGGAGGAAUCGAUCAGCUGGAGAAAGUUCUGAAUUCUUUUCAGGGAAUUUUUAUCUAAAGCAUUUCUCAUCUUCAAGGCUUCCAUUCUGCA